AUGGCGGCGUCACCUCAGCCGACUACGGUGCCUCAGGUCGGAAAACUCGUCAGUGUGGUUCCUGUCGGGCUCAAGGAAGCUGCCCUCGACUCCCCUACCUUCCGCUCCACGACCAUCCACUUCGCCGACCAGCUCGAAUAUGUCGAACGAUGGCUUGACGGGUACGCCAAGGCAGCAGCCAGGCUCGUAUCGGAGCUCGCCGUUUUCGAGCAGGCGAUAGGCUCCUUCAUAUCCUUUGUCGCAAGCCCCAUCAGCAUUUCCGAGGCUGUUAUCGACCAUGACUAUACCGUAUUGGCUAUAAAGCGGCACGGAGACUGUCUGAAGGAUACGUGGGGUUCGAUUUUGGGGACUAUGAAAAAGGUAGAUCGCUUGGUUGUGGAUCCGAUCAAGACUUUUAUACAGGGAGAUUUGCGUUCCUUCAGGGAGACACGUCGUGUGUUGGAUCAAGCGCAGAGAAAUUACGAUCAUCUGUUGGCAAGGUAUUCCGGGCAGGCUAAAUCAAAGGAGCCGUCCUCCUUGAGAGAGGAUGCUUUCCAAUUACACGAAGCGCGCAAAGCCUACCUUAAGGCCUCCCUGGACUUAGCUAUACAGGCCCCGCAGGUUCGCAACACUCUGGAUAAGCUCCUGGUGAUGGUAUCUUUCGAUCAAUGGCGGGAGGCAAAACUGAUCCAUGACCAAAAUUCCGCAAACUUUUCGAAAUGGGGUCAGGAUAUGGAUCGGAUCAAAGGCUGGGUUCACGAGAUGGAGAAUAGUGAGAGGUACUCUCUCAAGGAACUACUAUCUGCGCGCAAGCAAAUCGAGGAUGCCGCAGAGCUCAGCACAAGACCGUCACGGGAAUUAGAUGAUUACUCUGUCUCUACUGUGCCGUAUCUUGGACAAGCCCUCUCGAUAAAGUCCAACGGUGACAAACCUUUCAAAGCAGAGAAACAAGGCUGGGUUUACCUGAGGACAACGACCGGCAAACCCUCGAGGACAGUGUGGGUCCACCGCUGGGCUUUUUUAAAAAGCGGUAUAUUUGGCUGCUUGGUACAAAGCUCAAGGACGGGUGGUGUUGAAGAGACUGAACGAAUUGGAGUUCUGCUCUGCAACAUCAGGCCGGCCUUCCAAGAAGAACGGCGAUUCUGCUUCGAGGUCAAGACUAAGAAAACCACCAUUAUGCUGCAGGCGGAAACACAGAAGGACUUGAUGGAUUGGAUUGGUGCUUUUGAAGCAGCAAAGCAGAAGGCACUGGAAAACCCAGCGAGCUCUGUUUCUGGAAAGCUUGUAGUCCAGGAUCCUGCUUUCUCUAUUUCCCAACCUCCAGCUCCGGAAUUCACUUCGGACAGUACUGAAUUCUUGACGCCUAAUGUUGGGGAUGACCCUUCCAACGGAGAACGCACGCCUACGUUGCCUGUCCCUGAGCGAGAAGGCCAGUCGGUCAGAGUCAGUAGCGAUUUUGCCAGUUCUGCUAGACGGAUACCAGGACUUGAUGGAGAAGUAGGCGGGCGAGACCACGCGUCGCGAAUUAUCCAGAAAUUUGACAUUCACCGCAAAGCAACUGCACCAGGUCCAUUGUCUCCUCCACCGAUUGGUGGUGGGAACGGUGGUAUUGCGAGCCUGAUCACAGCCAGUCAUAGUUUGUUGCCUUAUAGCCCUGGCAUUUUCCUACGUCAACCGGGGGACGCCGAUGGUAACCAAGCGACCCGUGAUGAAGCAACUACUCUUGCUCCUCCCACUCUAGCAAACCCACCAGCUCCCACAAGUAUGAGUAAAAUCGCGGUUACCGUGAGUAAUGAACGAGGCAUUGGAGCGGGACUUGCAGACUCUACAGGCAGCGUACCUAGUGGCAUGAUGGCGAAUCUCUGGGGUAGUGCAAACUGGGGCUUUGUGAAUACAUUCCAACCCGAAGGCAUUCGACUACGGGAGCCAAAGGCCCUUGACGAUGGAAGCACAGCGCCAAAACGACCAAGCACACCAGUCAAUGAUGCUAAACCCACCGGAUCCCCAACACCUGGUGGAACGUCGCCCAACCCAACUUCUGCUCGACAUAGACAAACGGUCAGUCUUGAUGGUGACGCAAGCAAGCUACAGAGAUCGCUCAUAUUUGCGAACGAGUAUCCCAGUUUUUACCCUAGUCGUCUACGUCUUCAGGAUGCUCAGUUCCGACUUCUGUUUCCCAAUGUUAAAAAGGAAGAAACUCUCAUAAUGGUGUUCAGGGCGACUUGGAACCCCAAUGACAACCAGGAAUUUCCCGGGCGCGCCUUUGUAACAACACGCAAUCUUUACUUCUAUAGCCACCAUUUUGGCCUGGUCCUGACAGCAAGCCAACCGCUAAAUAACAUAUCUGAAGUAACCGCCGCCACUGGAAGGGAUUGUGACUUUUUGUUCCUCCACGUACUCCCAAUGCCUGGUGACGAGUCCCCGAGACGUGUUACCAUAAAGACAUUCCUCGAGCCCCUGCGGUUAUUGCAGAGAAGAUUAAACUACAUGAUCAAGGUCGCAACAUCAGGUGAACCGACUGACUUGGAAACCAUUUACAAGACUCUGGUCAAGAUGGAGACAGACCCUUUAACCAAAUCGGUUAGCCUAGACAGCUGGGAAGAGAUUUCCCUGGAUGUGCCAACAGACGGCAGGUCUCCUCGUCCCGGAGCAGGGAGCAGGAAGAAAUACAAAGACCUCAAAGCGCCGGUAUACAUAGAAAAGGACUUGAGUGCUGAUUUUGACCGAGCCGGCAACGGCAGGGAUAUUCAGAAGUUCAAACUACCAAACCAGCCUGUUCAAUAUGUUCCGCAAGGGAACCUCCAUGUUGCCGCGGAGAAGAUCUUUGACAUUAGUCCCAAGGCGCUCUUCCAUGUUCUUUUCGGCGAUAAGAGUGUGCUGUGGCAACUUUUGCUGCACGAGAGAAUGGCGACAGGCAUCAAGCAAGGACCUUGGAAAACACUCGAUUCCGGCCACAUGAGACGAGACUUUGAAUAUUCAAUUGAAAGAACCGAUUUAAUAGGGCGAGCGACCCAAGUGAAAGUUUCUGACUAUCAGAUUAUCGAUGUUCUUAACGACCACCUUUGCUACGUCGUUACAGAUAAACGCACACCAUGGCAUCUGCCCUUCCGUCGAAACUUUAGGCUCGUCAGCAAGAUCGUCAUAACUUAUGUCUCAAAAUCAAAGUGCAAACUGGCCAUUUAUACCAAAGUCGAAUGGCUAUGGUCGCCAUACCUUUUGAAAAGGGUUAUCGACCGACAGGCGAUGAACGAUCUCGAGCAAGACGCCUUGGAUCUACUCGAUUUGAUUAGCGACCAGGUCCGAAAACUCGGCCCUCGCAGUCGGACCAAGAGAGCCCUUGCAAUUUUUGGUCUGAUUGGCCAUGAAACGAAUGUAUUCAGCUUCACUUCUGCGGACGUCCCAGACGUUGCGCAAGAACUCAAAUCCAGGAAGCAACACUCGCUCUCAUAUCUAUUGUUUGAAUCUACGGGCUCCUUAUUAGAAAGCGCCAUCUCAUCCCUAAUGAUCUGGUUCUUUGCAUUUAUUCGAUGGAUAUGGAAAACUUGCAGUGCUCAUAGCUUGAUUCUCGCAUUGCUUUUAUCGAGCGUUUUACUCAACGGCUUCUAUUCGACACGCGAUACAUAUGAUUGGUGGCAGGAACGCAAUGCAGCCAGAUUCCUCAAUCAACUUGGUAUUCAUUCCGAGAAUAUGAUGAGCAAAGCCAUAUUUGUGAAAGAUCUCGAAGACGCCAUACAUAACCCGAACUCCGAGUGGGCACCGGGAAACAGGACUAACAGCUACUGUUUCUCGACUUUCCACGAGCAAAUACUUGCCAAUGACAAUGAUCUCCUGUCACUAUCAGCAGAUUCCAUGACAGACAAUUCCCUGGAAAAAGGGACUAAUCGGCGUGUUCAACGAACUCGCCAACGACUGGGUAUGUAUCGACAUGACCUUGUCGUUGCGCUGCGGGUUGUCAAUAGAGUCGAGACCGAGGUUCUGAGAAGCGAAUGGGAGCGAUGGCUAGACGGAGAGACGGAGCGCUGCGAUAAAGUAUCCAGCAUUCUGCAAAGUAGUGGGGACAUCGACAUCAAUUCGAAUGAAAGCUUCUUUGGCGGUCGUGAGGAGGAUGUGAAACGGUGGUACAACCAGUACUGCUCCAGCUGUCAAGAGGAGCUACAACGGCUGAACCUGGACUCGCUGCGGGUUUGA